GAAGAGAAUGAGAAUGACGGAAAGUGGCAUCCGAACCGCAGUUGAAGCCGUACACUCUUCCCCUUUCAAAGCCGUUCUUCAUCUCGCUGGUGGAGCUUCUCAGGUUGUGGGUUGGUUGCUAUCAGUUCCAGGUGCUUCUAAUACUGUGCUUGAAGUUGUUGUUCCUUACUCUAAGAUGUCAUUGCUUCAGUUAAUUGGAAAGAUUCCAUCCCAGUUUUGUAGUCAACAGACCGCUGAAGAUAUGGCUUUGUUGGCUUAUAAUCGUGCUCUUAAACUCUCCACGCCAGGAUCCCCGGUUGUUGGCGUGGGCUUCACUGGUUCCUUGGCUAGCGAUCGUCCAAAACUUGGGGAACACAGAUUUUAUAUGUCAACAAGGACAGCUGAUCGACUUUGGAUUUCAAGAGUGACCUUGACUAAGGGCCUUCGUACUCGAGAAGAAGAGGAUAGAGUUUCUAGUCAUCUUUUGCUCAAGGCAAUCGCAAACGUAUGCAAAGUUCCUGCAACAUCUGUUUCAGAAUUGAGUGAAUCAGAUGUAUUUGAUGAAUGUGAAAAGCAGUUCAAUGAAGAUCAACAGUUAGAACAACUUAUAAAUGGUGAAAUAUGCUAUAAAAUUUACCCAUUUGCAAAUGAGUUGCCAGCGCAAAGGAGAAUUAUAAUGCCUGGUUCUUUCAAUCCAUUACAUGAUGGGCAUCUCAAGCUUAUGGAAGUUGCUUCUCGCAUUUGUGGUGAUGGGUAUCCUUGCUUUGAAAUAUCUGCGGUCAAUGCAGACAAACCUCCACUAUCAGUGUCUCAGAUCAAAGAUCGAGUUAAACAAUUUGAAAAAGCUGGAAAAACAGUAAUUAUAUCAAAUCAACCUUAUUUUUAUAAGAAGGCUGAACUUUUUCCAGGCAGUGCUUUUGUAAUUGGUGCUGACACAGCAGUGAGGCUUAUUAAUCCUAAAUACUACGAUGGGGACUACAAAAAGAUGCUGAAGAUACUUAUUGGCUGUAAAGAAAUAGAAUGUACUUUUCUUGUCGGUGGUCGAAAUGUAGACGGCGUUUUCAAGGUUCUUGACGAUAUUGAUAUUCCAGAGGAACUAAAAGACAUGUUCGUCUCUAUUCCAGCUGAACAGUUCUGCAUGGAUAUAUCCUCCACUGAGCUAAGAAAAAGAAGUGGGAUGUAAAUAAUUUUAUUUUUCAGCUAAGGCGAGUAUGUAUUGAGGAUGAAAUCACUUCCGUCAUUCCAUGAAGGACCAAAAUUUUAAAGAGGCUAAUCUUCUAUUGUUUGAAACAACCCCCUGGAGGUGUUUUUUUUUUUUUUUUUUAACUUUUCCUGAUUCAGGGCUUUGUAUUAUUUGAACUAUCUUUGUCAAAGUAAUUUAGUAUGCAAUAAAAAAAAACUCAGGGUCAAGAUCACUGCAGUUAUGAAAGGAACUAUAGAACAUUGAAUAAUAUUCAUGCAGAAGUCUCGACACUUCAAAUCCGAACGGGAGAUGUGUCUGUAUUGUGUUCAUGCUUUUAGUUACUUCCUUAGCUGUAAAAGACAAUCAUGUACCUGUGACAGUCGAUGACACUUCCAUUUGCCUACUCUAAAGUAGAAAGUGUUGGGACAAAACAUGGUGUAUGAUCAAUGCGAAUUAUUGAGAUGAAAAUUCAUUUUGGAAUAAAAAUAGUAUUGUGAGUAUUUAUACGUCAAGACUAACCCUCUCUAAAGUGAAGUGAUACAUUUUUUGGUGUUGAUGAGGCUGAUACAUUUAAAUGCCAAAAAUGGUCGUUGUGUACCAUUUUGUAAGAUCCCAACUUCUAAUAACUUCGUAGUAAUCAUUUUGAAAAACUGUUAUAUCUUAAAGCACAAGAAGAGAGUUAAAAGAUUAGUUUACUUAAUGGGUGAAUAUCGUGACUUAAAUGCCCCGUUGAACACUUUAUUUUAUUCAAUAUAAGUUUAGGGUUACUUCUAAGAAGCAAUGUUCACAUAGCUUUCACUUCAGGACACUGAUCUAAUGACAUAAUUUUUUACCUUUACAUUGGUGAGUUCACUGAUAAAUUUCUAGUGUAUUAUUGUACUUUAAUUCAGCUUAUAAAUAAUUUUUAUAUUUCUAUUUUUAAUAAAAUUACUAAUUAUUAUAAUUAAAGCAUAUAAAAAGAGCAUAAAUAAAAGAUCAGUUCAUUUGGUAGGAGAUAAUAACUUUAAGUAUCAUUUUAUCUUAUUCUAUGCAAUUUAAAAUUCGUAACAAAAAUCCAAUCUACUAAAAAGAGAUCAAGUCGCAUAUUUUCACCUCACAUCUUAUUCAAUGGCAAUAAUUUGAUGGAGUUGCUGCACCAUCCUUUGUAGGUGAACCUUUAAAAGGAUAUUAUCACCACUUGCUUGUUUGUUUUUUCAUAAACAUUUUUCACGGAAGAUAAUCCUUAUCAAAGUGGAUAUUAAGGGGCAAGGGCUUGUUUGUAAUAGAAACAUAAUAAUAAUAAAAAUUUCAUUGCAGUUUAACUAAUAUAAAAAAUCAUGCAUAAUUCUAUUAUCGUUAAUAUUUUUAAAAUCAGUUAUGAUUUAAGGAGAUGAUUUUUCAAGCAGGUCCUAAACAUAAGUACUUCUCUAAAUAGGACAUGAAGUGUGCUUUAUCACUUUACAUGAAACUAGUCCCUUUUUUCUAAACUCAAAUCCUUUUUCCUAGAUCCAAUACUCGUUAAUUCCCUUGUUAUUUAUUUUUUAUUCUUUAAUUAGAUAAUAAUAAUAAUUUUUAAAAUGAUAUAUUUUCUAUUUCGCUUGCUAACUUUUCCGUUAAAUAUUAUUUUUUUAGUUGAAUGGAUAAAGAAUAAAUAGUAAAAAAAAGGCAGGUGAUUUCAUUUCAAGCUUGACAUCCACUUAAUUAAUUUAUUUAUUAGUGUAAAGUGAGUGAAAAUGAAAAAGAUAAAAAAAAAUUAAAUAAAUAGAGAAAAGAAAAAAAAAUCGAAAGAGGUGAAUAAAAAAUAAAUAUAAAAAAGCGUAAAAAUAUAAGAAUUCUCGUAUAAUAUAUCUACUUCGUUGACUUGUAGAAUCACAACACAAGCCCCUAUGAUAGCCCACAAUAUUUUGACUAGAAUGAAAAAAACAUAAACAUGUGUACGGAAUAUCGAUACUCCCUGUCCCAAGUUCCUUAAAAGCUAUGCCACUUUGAGCUCAACCACCACAACCUCCGCCACAGCCGGCGGCGCAGGCAGAACCAUUCCCAUGAUUGUAGUCUGUGGAGGUUUUUGUUGUGUUUUUGGGUACCCCAUCUGCACACAAGAAUAUCAUAGCCAAAAGAAGAGAGAGUGUCACCAAUGCUACACAUAACACAAAAACAAGACUUGCCAGUUCUUCAUCACCACCUUUGUAUCUAAUCAAACCCAUCUCUUCUUUCCAUUGCCUCACCAUCUUCUGAUUCUAUGUUUUCUCUGCGCUGAAUGCAAAAGAAGCAAAGAUAAAGAGAGCGAUGGUGUUGGGUAUUACUGU